CUUAAGUUUAAAUCAACUACUUAAGUCAGUCGUACUUAAUAUUCGAACAGAUACGGUCGGUUUUAAUGAAAACAAAAUAUAAAUUAGCAUUACGAGACGUUCGGGACCCGAUUCCGCAAAACAGAGUUCUUACCUAUGCUACCGGCUGAUAUUGGCAUUUUUGUGGCUUUUUAGUGGGAUAGAAAUUCAAACUGUUUUGUUGGAUGCUUCCGUAGUUAUUCUGAAGAUCGUUUGGAAUAGUGCACAUCGCUUUGCCGAAUCGCUUGAUAUUGCGCGCGCAGACCAAAGACCCACCGAGAAGGUCCGAGAUUGUCUUGGGACAGUUUUGUCGUCUUGCGCCCCGAGCCGCCUGAGCAGCUUGGUGGGAGCGUCUGCUACUUCUGGCGUUGCCUCCUAGCUAUCGCUUAUUUUCCCACUCGAUGAAAAUAAAAAGACGCUUCUGGCCUGCCUGCCUGCUCCACUCAGAUCCACGCUCCGAACUGUUUGCUCGCGUUUUAUUUCGUUUGCGCGAACGUGAGUAAUUGAUACUGCCGGAAAUGUAGAUUUAUAUGAAUAGCAGAAUAAAGAAGAUAGUUUCUUCUCGUUUUCCUUACACGGACCGCUGCUGCGGCCAAUGAGAUACUGUGCUGUGGUCUUCGCGAGCGUACGAUUUGAAGGUGGUGAAUGAAAAAUUGGUUUCGUUGCGAACAAAAAUUUACUUCCAAGAUAGCAGGAAUGAAGUAAGAAUUUGAUGUGAUUUUUUACCCGGUGAAUUUUAGUGGAAUUUUAAUGUGAUACAUUUUACCCGCGAAGGUGUGAAAGUGUGAUACACGCGGUAGUGGACAAGCAAACAAAGCUCAGAAAUUACUGCGAGCGAGAAAAAUAUAAACGUUGAAAAAAUAAAGUGCAAGCGUGCAGCGACAAUUUGCAUCCAAUCAGUGGGGCAACACAUUUUUCACCAAAUUUCACUCCGGCGCACAAGGAUCAUAACUCAGUCAGUGCCCACGGAGGGAAGCUACAACAAAGUUGGCCCCCUUUUUUGGAAUCCAGCGCACAGCGGAAAGAAAAAUGGCUGAACGGAAAAGGCAUCGAUGAAGCAAUAAACCUGUGAUAAUGUCGCACUUAUUACCAUAUAUAUUAGAGUUUAGGUGUACCUGAGAAGUGAGUGAUACCAGUAUGGAUAGUUAGUAUUCUAGCAUAGAUUAAUAUCUAACAUGGACAUACCGAACAACGAAUGGUGGACAGCGACGGAUCUCAUGCAUAAUAAAACGCACCAGUUGGUCUCCUCGCCAAACGCAGUGCACCGUGUUAUGCAAAAAACGAGCCACCUCGACAGGCCACCGCAACAAGAAUGAACCAGGUUCAAAGUGAUUUAGUAACAUCAGCAGUAACCGCAAAAGCAACACCAGCCAUCAAACAGUCGAGUAUUCUCAACGGCAUCAACGGCAAAACCGCAGCUGUCAACCCCAACAGCACUAGUACAUCCGCAGCAACCACGAUCAACAACAACUUCAGCAACAAGAACAAGAACCAAAACAAUUUGAGUCAGGUGAACAGUGGGAACAGUGUUAUUCAUAUGACAAACGUCAGUGUGCCACAGAAACUUCUGGUCCCAAAUGGGAAGUCGCAGGCACCGGCAGUGCCCUCUGCACCGGAUGCACGGGCAAAACAGGUUCUAAAGGAGGCAGUGGAUGCUGUUGUAAAUAGUUUUGCCAAACACACCCAAGGAUACGGUAGAGUCAAUGUCGUCGAGGCGCUGCAGGAAUUCUGGCAAAUGAAGGCAGCACGAGGAGCCGAACUGAAGAAUGGCGCACUAGUGAUAUACGAAUCAAUCCCAUCAACCAGUCAACCCUACGUCUGCUACGUGACCCUCCCCGGCGGAAGCUGUUUCGGAAGUUUUCAGAACUGCCCCACGAAAGCAGAAGCUCGGCGUAGCUCCGCCAAGAUAGCUUUAAUGAAUUCAGUUUUCAACGAGCACCCAUCCCGACGAAUCAGUGAUGAUUUCAUCGAGAAGGCUGUUCAGGAAGCCCGGGCAUCCUUCAAGGGAGAGAAUCCUGAAGACGAUGGACCAGAUACGGGGAUCGGAGCAUUCAGAUUUAUGCUGGAAACCAACAAAGGUCGAACGAUGCUCGAGUUCCAAGAGUUGAUGACCGUCUUUCAGCUGCUUCACUGGAACGGUUCCCUGAAGGCGAUGCGCGAGAGGCAAUGCUCCCGGCAAGAAGUUGUCGCUCAUUACUCCAACCGUUCGCUAGACGACGAAAUGCGUCAACAGAUGGCCUUGGAUUGGAUCGAGCGGGAGCACGAGAAUCCCGGAUUGCUGAGUAGGGAAUUGGCGAUUGCCGAAAGAGAACUAGAGACUGCUCGAUUGGCUGGAAGAGAGCUACGGUUCCCCAAGGAGAAAAAAGACAUCCUCCAAAUGGCACACAACCAACUGAACGGUGGCAGCAACAUCAAUAGUUGAACGCUAGUUGCGAAAGUUGCUUAACAUAAGAUGGUAGAAUUCUCGAUUGAUGACCAAUUCGAAUUCUGGAAGUGCAUCUCCUGUUAUCAUUGUAUAUGAUUGAUAUUGGUCUCGUACUUACUUUUUGGAACCAUAGCGUAUGAAAAUUCCUUAUUAAUUUAAUGGAUUUGUUUUUAUGCAUUAAUGAUUACGUUUUUUGUUUGAUAUAUAGUUUUAUGAUAGAAACAAACAAAUCAAGCAGGAAGAUUUUAUUUGCAAGUAGCUUCUAAUCCAUAGCAAACAACCAGAACAUAAGCUCAAGUAAAUGUGAUUUUAUUUGCAUACUCUCCAUACAUUUUAACAGUAGCAUUCAAUAGCCGGUAUCUGUGAACAAUGUUUUUUAAUUGGUGGUGGUGUUUAUUUGUUUACAAGUUGACUGUUUCUCUCAUACGUUCAGCCCUCGAUCUGUCCCUAUUACUAUUAGUUUCACUAUUCAAUUAUGAUAGAAGACACAAUCUACUUAAUAUUCUCAACUAAAUGAUAUAAACAAGCGAUAGCAUAGUUUAGCUAGUAAAGCAGCGUUUAAGCACAAUAGAACCAACACAGACAAAUGUACAUACACUAACACCAGGUGGACGGUGUUGAUCAUAAUUGUCCAACUAUUACUCAAACUAUCAACGCAUCGAAACUGUAUCUUUCAAACAUGGUUAAAGCGAACCUUGCAGCCAAGCUGACUAGAAAACAUAAAAAAAGAAACAAACAUACCUGCUGGAGGCAAACGAUUUUUUGAUGUUCGAAAAAUCUAUUUAUUCAAACAAAAAUUGUGAUUUUAAUGAGUUGAAAAAAUUAGUUAGAAAAAUUAGUGAUUUUGAGAAAUCGAAAAUUUUAACUUAUAUUUACAAAACAAAAUGCAGCAGUAUAUUUACACCUAAAAAUUAUUUUUUUAGAAAAUGUUUUUAUUUGUAAUUACAAAAUAUCGUUUCGGCCAAAUUUAUUCCUAAAAUUUAGACGAAAAUUGUGAUUUAUGCGUAAACUAAAUUUUAACAUAUUUUAAAUGUAUUGGAUAACCAACCAACAGUGUUACAGUGGUGUUUUACUGAUUAUUAGGGAAAGUGAAUACUAAGUUGGCACGAAAAACAUUCGCCGUGAGUUCCAAUGGAAUCGCCGACUGUUUACCAGUUAUUAUGAUCUUCGACUCUGAGUGUUUUUUAUGAUAACAGCAUGGUUCUGCCGACUAUUUUCAACCGAACAUGUAAAAUACAGUUUUAGCACAUAAA